AUGCAUCUUGAAUCAACUCACGAGAUAUGGACGGCGCUUCAAACUCGCUUUCAAUCGUCCAACAGGUCCAAGGAAUACCUGACAGACAUCAAGAAGAUCGUCGAUCAGUUCACCUCCGUCGGUUCUACAUUAGAUACUGAAGAUAUCAUCAUAUAUAUCUUGAAUGGCCUACCUCCUCCUUACCAGUUGUUCAAGACGUCCAUCCGUCAUCUACAGUCACCUCUAGGACGUUGUGGGCGAGGCCGCACGCAAACAGCUACCAACCCACCAACGAAAACUGCUUCAAAAUCUUCUUUGAUAUGCCAAAUCUGUACCAAACGGGGUCAUACGACGGACGUAUGCUGUCACAGGCAUAAUGCCAACUACAUCACGCCGUCCCCUCAAUCCAACACCGGUCACGCUCUCCUUGCAUCCUCCGAUACGACUUCAACUGACUGGUAUCUUGACUCGGGCGCGUCGUCGCAUAUGACAUACGACUCGGACAAUCUCAGUAACGCUUCCUCCUAUCACGGAUCGGAUCAAAUCACCGUAGGGGAUGGAAGGACCAUUCCGAUUGCUCAUUCAGGCACCAGAAUUCUUCCAACCCGGAUUGAAUGCAUUCCUCUUGCUCUCCUUCAUUCAGAUGUUUGGGGGCCUUCUCCGGUUCCCUCACAUCAGGGACUUCGUUACUAUUUGCUCAUUGUAGAUGAUUACUCUUAG